CCCAUUUCCUCCAAGUCACCGGCUCACAGCUAAGGAAGUGUUUGAUAAUGAUGGCAAGCCACGUGUGGAUAUCUUAAAGGCACACCUUAUGAAAGAAGGGAGACUGGAAGAAAGUGUGGCAUUGAGAAUAAUAACAGAGGGAGCUUCAAUUCUUCGUCAAGAAAAAAAUUUGCUGGACAUAGAUGCACCAGUCACAGUUUGUGGAGACAUCCAUGGCCAAUUCUUUGACUUGAUGAAACUGUUUGAAGUGGGAGGUUCUCCUGCCAAUACACGGUAUCUCUUCCUGGGGGACUACGUGGAUAGAGGGUACUUCAGCAUUGAAUGUGUGCUGUACUUGUGGGCCUUGAAAAUCCUUUACCCCAAAACACUGUUUUUACUUCGUGGGAAUCAUGAAUGUAGACAUUUAACAGAGUAUUUCACAUUUAAGCAAGAAUGUAAAAUCAAAUAUUCAGAACGAGUAUAUGAUGCCUGCAUGGAUGCCUUUGACUGCCUUCCCUUGGCAGCUCUGAUGAAUCAACAGUUCCUGUGUGUACAUGGUGGCUUGUCUCCAGAGAUCAACACCCUAGAUGACAUCAGAAAAUUAGAUCGAUUCAAGGAACCACCUGCAUAUGGACCUAUGUGUGACAUCCUCUGGUCAGAUCCAUUGGAGGACUUUGGAAAUGAGAAGACUCAGGAACACUUCACUCACAACACAGUCAGGGGAUGCUCGUACUUCUACAGUUACCCUGCUGUGUGUGAAUUCCUACAGCACAAUAACUUGUUAUCUAUACUUCGAGCUCAUGAAGCCCAGGAUGCUGGGUAUCGCAUGUACAGGAAAAGCCAAACAACAGGCUUCCCUUCACUAAUCACAAUUUUUUCAGCACCAAACUAUCUAGAUGUAUACAAUAACAAAGCUGCAGUAUUGAAAUAUGAGAACAACGUUAUGAAUAUCAGGCAGUUCAACUGCUCCCCUCAUCCUUACUGGCUUCCAAAUUUCAUGGAUGUGUUUACCUGGUCCUUGCCAUUUGUGGGUGAGAAGGUGACAGAGAUGCUGGUGAAUGUGCUGAACAUCUGCUCGGAUGAUGAAUUAGGAACAGAAGAAGAUGGUUUUGAUGAUCCCAUUUAUGCACAAAAGAAAGGAGCAACAGCUGCUGCUCGAAAGGAGGUUAUAAGAAACAAGAUAAGAGCAAUAGGAAAAAUGGCUAGAGUUUUCUCAGUGCUAAGGGAGGAGAGUGAAAGUGUGCUGACACUGAAAGGGCUGACUCCCACAGGAAUGCUGCCCAGUGGUGUGCUUUCUGGAGGAAAACAAACACUGCAAAGCGCUACUGUUGAGGCUAUUGAGGCUGAUGAAGCUAUCAAAGGAUUUUCACCCCAGCAUAAGAUCACUAGCUUCGAAGAGGCCAAAGGCUUAGAUCGAAUUAAUGAGCGAAUGCCUCCGCGCAGAGAUGUGCCAUCUGAUGCCAACCUUAACUCCAUCAACAAGGCAAUCUCCACAGAGACUAAUGGCACUGACAGCAACGGCAGUAAUAGCAGCAAUAUUCAGUGACCGCUGCCCGGGCGCGGGGUGAGCUGCAGGGCGCGAUGGGGUUGCUGCGCAUUGGCAGUUGGAUGUUCUUGCCUCUGAUAAUAGCUUACUUGCUCUGGGGGCCGGGUGUUGGAUUCGGUUUACAAAAUCAUCUCCGAAGAGAUCGUAAACUUUAAUUUGGUGGGAGGGGGGUGGGGGAUAGACACCUCCUUUGGACAUGCCUUUAAAAUGCUUGUAGAAAAAUGAAAGCUAAUGCUGGUAUAUAUUGCAAAGUUAGGGGAAUGAACAUGUUUUCCUACUGCACUGGGAACUUCUAGAUAUGUUUCUGAAAGGCCUUUUGUUAUGUUACUGGACAUGAAAACUUUGUUUAAUUUCUUACUAACUAUUGUACGUUUACAGUUGCAGCACUAAACAUGGACGACAUCAAAGCAUUUUUAACAAAAUGUACAAACUAAAUAAGGACUAUUUAUUGAUAAUGUUUUGCUACUCUUGUCAGACAAUGGCUAUGAAAUAAAUUAGGCAAUCUUUAAAAAUAUAGAAAAAAAAAGAAAAAAAAAAGAAUAGUUGGAAAUUUGUUUAAAAUG